AUGUGUUCGUCUCUUAAUUUUCCUCACCCAACUACUACAGCUGAUAAUCUCGAGGACCUUUACAAGGUCUAUGGAGUUGAUCGUUCCGUCAUUCUUGAUUUGGCCGGUGCGAAUGAGACUCCUGGAACCGUGAGAGAGGGCUAUUACGGGGCUUAUCUCUCCUUUUUCCACUCCUGUGGUCUUAUGUAUCCGAUCCCCGAAGCGAUACUCGAGAUCUUGGCGGAGCUUGGGUUAUCGCUUACUCAGCUUCUCCCGAAUUUUCUCAGGCAUCUUGUCGCCUUUUUGGUUAAGGCUAGGGAAGAGGGUCUUGCUUUUCGUCUUAGUGAGUUUCGUCAGUUCGUUCUGGUGAAGCGGAACAAUCAGACCCCUGGGACUUUCCUUGUGUCUCCACGCCCAGUUCCUUCUGGAAGUUCUUCAAUGUCGGAUGAGAUCCGCGGUCUGAUGAGGAUCCUUCGGAGAGGUCGCUCGAAUUGGUUCACUUUUGACCGAACUCGGAUUCGGACUGUUUUUGCCUUGCCGGUGGGGACUGGCAAAGCUACUUCAAUCGAGAAGUCUGAAGACGAGGCCGGGCAUUCCCGAGAGGUCGUGGGGGCUCUUUCUGCCUGGGCUCAGUCUCCGGAUCGGUUAAAUAGACAGCUCGUGAGGAGAUCAUCGUUCCAAACUUCCGGGCCUGCGUCGAGAAGUCGAGCUUCAGGAAAGUCUCCCUUAAUCUCGAUCCAUGACUCCGACGAAGAAGAUGCUUCAGAAGAGAGUCUCCCUCCUGUUUCGUUGAGUCCUGGUUUGGAUGACGAGACCAGGGUGGUGACUCAUAAGCGACGUCGAUCGUUGGAGGGGUCCUUGCCUGGUCCAUCUCGUCCUAGGUUUGUUCCCGAGGGAGAUGGUUCUUCGUUUGCAGCUCAAAGUGAUCUAAUUCCCCUUGCUGGUCGUAUGAGGUCCGCGGGUUGCCGUCUUCCAUCUCUUGCUUCAUCAGUCGAGAGGGAAGCCUACGCCAAGGUCGAUGUAGCGAGCUCUAAGAUCAUGUCGGCUUCCCGAAAUGAUAAAGAAAUCGAAAGAAUUGGUUCUGAGAGCAAGAGGCUUUCGAAAGAGCUUGAAGUCACCAAGCGAGAAGGGAUGGAGGAUGCUGGAAAGAUUGAAGCUUUAACCAAAGACUGGAAGAGAGUUCACCUGGAAAAUAAGGCUCUCGAAUCGAAGAUGGUUGCUCAAAGGGAAAGAAUUGCGGCACUCGAGGUCGAGAGAGAUCGGGAUGUUAGCCGCGCUUCUCGUAAUGCUCGUCGCGAUACUGUGGCAAAGCAUCAGGAGGUUCUUGAAUCCAUGAAGGGUAGGUGGGAGAGCAAGAAAAAUGAAAUAUCUGCUGAGAUUCGGCUGCAGGAAGUGGUCGCGAAUAUUGAUCUCCUGAUUGAGCUCAAGGAUGGAGGCUUGACUGUGGACGCGGAACUUGCUAGUUUAAAGGAAAUGGAAAAAGAUUGCGUGGAUCUUCUCGCAGCGGCCGCUGUGCCUGAUUGGUCGAUCUCUGAGUUCGAUCUUCCUCAAGUCUCAGAUGAUUCAGUGGAUCGAGUCGGGGGGUCGUCUGCCCCCGAUGAUUCCGUUUCUAGUUAG